CGAGACGGGUUCCCGCGCGGCCGGGCAGCCAUGGGCGCCGUGUGGGAGAGGGAUCACCUCUGUCUCUACUUGCUGGCCCUGGGCUUCGAGCCCGGCCACGAGAGCGUGAACUUGGGACGGAACAUGUUUGAUAAACCAAACAACAAAGCGUUUUCUGUCAUUGCCCGCUUCUUGUUUACCAAGCUGGAUAAGGACCGUGCGAAAAAAACUUUGCAAAAUGAUGAAGUGCCAAUAAGAGCUACUCAAUUUAGGAAGAAUUGCUGUGACUGGCUAAGAGAAAUUUCAAAUGAUGAGAAAAUCAAUAUUCCAAAGAUUACACCUUCAUCACUGAUUUCUCCUGUUGGUGCUAAAUUUGUUCACGCGCUCUACAAGCUUGCAAGAUAUGUAAUGAUUGUGCAUGUGAAAAAGUUCUCUGUGGGCACUUGUAUACCAUUUGCUGAAGCUAUAACAUUGAGACCUGAGGACUUGUACAUUGCAAAAGCAAGACAUAGAGUUGGAUACAAUAAACUGCUGCAAAUUCUUCAAAAGACAGACAUUGUUAUUCAAGAAUAUGUGAAAAAAGCACAGGUUUUAAUUAAAGAAAUAAGAGAGACAAAGUUUAAGUAUGCAGCCAUGCAGAGACAGUCUUCAAGGAUGAAACAAAAUGACCAGAACAAAAGUGACACAAUUGUGAGAAUUGAAAAGGUCCGCCGUAUGUGGACACUUAUAAUGGAAAUGCUUACAUCUCUGAAAAAGGAUAAGGAAGUUGUGGAUUCUGUACUUGAAACUUGUGUUCAUCAGUGUAUUUUAAAUGGAAGUGAUGUUGUUUUGAGAGUUCCAAAUUUGCUGGCUCACAAAAUUGAAAAUGAUGAAAGUUUUUCAGGAAAUAUGUAUGAAGAUGGAAAAUUAGAUUUCUUAGCAGUCAUUCAUGUGUUAAAUGAAGGCUUGAGGAUGUUGAGAAGUGAACACCAUCUGUCUGAAUUAAAAGAACUUCACAGGAUUGAGAACAUGAUUAAAAACUGCAAUAGAUUACUACAGGAUUUGAACACAGAGAGGCUAGAAAGAGAGCAACAAUGUGUGUCAGUGUGUGAAUCUAUUUCUAGAAAAGAGGAAGACUGGGAAAUGAAGUGGAAAACAUUUCUUGGCCAGCAUUCUUUUAAUUUCAUCUUUAAAGAAGAUCUAGAACCUAGUUCAACAGCUUCACCACCCUGCUCUCCUAGUCUUCCAGAAGAAGAUGAAGACAGUGACUUCCAUCAACAUCUAGUACCAAUUUCAGGUAGUUUUGACUCUCUUCAUAAAGAAGAUUGUGAGAAAGAUGAGGAAGCUUUGGACACUAUGAUGGAUAAGUCAUUACCACCACCAAAAUGGAUCUCUUCAGUGAUGUUGGCAGUACCUGAAAACAGAGACGUCGUGAUCAAAAAUCAUUUGCAUACGGAAACUUGUGGGGGAAAUAAAAAACCUGUGCCUCUGAAUAUCCUAAAAAAUGGAAAGGAAAAAAUGCAAAAGAGUUCAGAUGAAGAUGUUACCCUGGCAAAGUGCCCUGUGGAAAAAGAAGACCUUCUUGAGAAAGCCAGAGAUGAACUGGCAGAAGAGGUUGCAAAGGCUGUGAUGUCUGAGUCACCUGGCAUUGCUGAAGAAAAAGGAAUGUCAUUAGAUGAUCUCAUUAGCUCACUGUGUUUUAACCCAUUUUUAACAAGGAGAGAAAUUCCCCGAACUCCAGAAAAGCUGUGUAAUGAAACUGGCUACAUGGGGAUAUGGGAUGAGACACUUCCAGAAUAUCUCAACUUGUCUCCAGGCUUAGAGUCUGAUUUUGCUAUCAGUGCAAAUGUAACAAGUAAUUCAGAAAAUAAUGGGGAUAUUGGAAAAUCAGACCUACCUCUACAGUCCCUGUCCAACUCACAUAAAGCGAAAAAGAUGGCAUCUGAAAGUGAAGAAGAGCUGCAUCAAACACAUAAUGGAGGUGAACCUGAAAGCUAUAGAUCAGACCUAAGUCCUGCACCAGAAGAAAGAAAGAAAUAUGAAUUUUGCAGUCCUGUAGUAGUAUUCUCCUUGGAUAAAGAAUUUAUCAAGACACCAUUGCCAAAAUCUAAUAAAAGAAGAUACUCCCUGCCAUGUUUGCUGAUAUCCUCUGAACAACUGGAGGAAAUGGCAUCAAUGGCACAUAAUAUCCCAUUAGAUCUAUGUAGUGGGUUUCUGUGGCUAGGUUUUUUUGGUAGCAGGGGGGCUACGAAAGGAGACUGUGAACGAGGCCGGGACCAAGAUCGAGGUCGAAAUCGUGGUCGAAACCACUUUAUUGGUCUGCCUCUAUAG